UUUUGAAUACAAUGGAACAUUUCAAAUGACCCUUGAGACCAAGUUAAAGAUAACUUCAAAUUAUGUAGCUACCGCUGAACAGUUUGAAAGCCCAAAUGGGAAGCAAAGUUUAACCUUGAGUGAUUCAUCUGAUGAAGAUGGCAAUGAAAAAGGGCAAGGUUCUCCGAGAAAGCGCAGGAUACUGAAUAAAAUAGAAAAGUGGAUCUCUCAUCGGCAUUUUGCCACUGUUGCUCAAAGUAAACUUGUAAAGCGAUAUGUUGGAGACUUAACAAAUAUGCCUUUAACACUCACAGUUGAAGUUAGUUCAUUGAAUGGCAUAUUGAUUGUCAAUUUGCCUCCUGAGCCAAGCGAUCGUAUCUGGUAUGGAUUUCAAAAAGAUCCGGAUUUAUCACUCAAUGUCUUCCCAAAGGUUGGAAAACUUGAAAUCAAUUUAUCAGCAGUUGUUCUAACGAUACAAAAGAAAUUAAUUCAAGAGUUUAAGAUGUAUUGA